GAAAGGAAACAAACGUUUCGUUUCCGGCUCUCUCCGAUCCCGUUCCAGUUUCGAAUCUGGUUUGUUCGCACCUCCACCCCGUCAUUCAUGUCGAAGAUUCCCCUCUCUUUCAAUCUCAACCCUCCCUUCGGCGGCCUCGCCGGCCCGUCGCCCUCCGCCGCUGCUGCCGCCGGCGCCGGUGCUGUUCAGCCUGUGAAGGACCGGAAGAUGGCGUCCGCGGAGCAGCUUGUCCUGGAUCUUUGCGACCCGGAGCUCCGAGAAAAUGCGCUUUUCGAUCUCUCCAAGAAAAGAGAGAUAUUUCAAGAUCUAGCUCCGCUAUUAUGGAAUUCUUAUGGCACUAUUGCAGCACUCCUUCAGGAGAUUGUUUCAAUAUACCCCUAUCUUUCCCCUCCAACACUGUCACCAGGAGCAUCAAAUCGAGUUUGUAAUGCACUUGCUCUUCUUCAGUGUGUGGCCUCACAUCCUGAUACCAGGAUUCAUUUCCUCAAUGCACAUAUACCUUUGUAUUUGUACCCGUUUUUAAAUACUACAAGCAAAACAAGGCCUUUCGAGUAUUUAAGACUAACCAGCUUGGGAGCUAUAGGUGCACUUGUAAAGGUUGAUGAUACUGAGGUGAUCGGUUUUCUUCUUCAGACAGAAAUCAUUCCUUUGUGCCUGAGAACUAUGGAGAUGGGUAGUGAACUUUCAAAGACAGUGGCGACCUUUAUUGUGCAAAAAAUACUAUUGGAUGAUGUUGGGCUUCGACAUAUUUGUGCUACUGCAGACCGCUUCUAUGCUGUGGGUCAAGUGCUUGGGUCUAUGGUUACAUCACUUGCUGAGCAGCCCUCUACUAGGCUGUUGAAGCAUAUAAUCCGUUGUUACCAACGGCUUUCAGAGCACCCAAGGGCAUGUGACAGUUUGAAGAACUGCCUUCCAGAUAUGCUAAAAGAUGGAACUUUUAAUAAUUGCCUUCGUGAUGAUCCUGCGGCCCGAGACUGGCUACAACAGCUUCUGGACAAUGUAAGCGGAGCAAACCGGGUACCCAACCUUCAUGCUAGACUAGAUCACAUGAUGGGAAACUAGGAUUUUGGUAGCAUCUAUUCAAGUAUAAGGGCAAAUGGUGGUAUUUAUGUUUUGAGCACCUUCUUCAUUUCUGUUGUUUAAGCUAUCUACAGUUGUCAGAAUAUGUUCUAGUGAUGCUUAUUUACAUAUAAUUUUCUUGUAGCAAAUCUGGGAAAUUUUCUUUUCAAGCUUACUCUCUUUUCUCUUA